AUGACACAAUCAAGGAGGCAACUAAAGCUUGCACUGGGUUUGGUGCUUUCCUUGGGAUUUCUAACAAAGGGAUCAGAAGGAUUCACGUCGACACAAUCGUCAGCAACCAAGACCAUUGACAUGGGACAAGAUAAGCUUGUCAACAUAUACUGCCAUCCGGCAGAAGAGAAGGUAAUUUCCUUUGGUUUACCAUCUGCUGACAUUGCCCUGGCGAGAAUGAUGGCUCAUUGUCCAUCACUCAUUGACGGAAAAAGUGUCUUGGAACUCAAUAGCGAGCUCGGACUCAUAUCCGCAACUGCCUGUCGACAUGCCCGUCCAGAACAUGUGGCAGUUACUCAUUGGGAUUCUGAAGCACUUUCCAUGGCGUAUGCCACAUGCACAAGAUUGCAACGCCCCAAGAACAGUGUUUCAAGAUGUCGUAUGGAUUGGAGCCUUCCGAGCACGUGGCCGAACCAGAAAUAUGAUUUGGUUCUGGCUUCAAAUGUAUUAUCGGAUGAUUCUUGUAUCCUUCCGUUGACACAGGUGUUGCAGUAUUACCUGGCUCCAUCAUCCAAUAACGACGAAUUUCGAAAACGAGCGUUGAUUGUCGAUCCUAUAGAUCAAGUACACCGUGAUGCAUUCCGCUAUGCAGCAGAUAAGGCACGACUAGACGUUAGCGUCAGCGCUUUUCCAGGUAUGGACAAUUUUGUCUUGCUAGACGUAUUUUCCAAGGAUGGGUAA